CCUCUUCAAGGGACGCUUUGCGGCUUACUUAACCAUCGAACCCAACCCCUUCAACUCCGAAUACCGCAAGAAGAUGGAUGAAAAGAACCUCCAACGUGCCCGCGACGCGAUCAGGGUGCGAGUUUCGAGUUUACAAAUUCAGGUCGAUUACGAACGUCUUACGCCAUCUCUCCGAGAGGAAAUUGUCCAUGCCCUUGAAGUGCACGAGCAAGCCCUCGAACAACCGAGCCUCGACGUGCCUUUCCUCGAAGAGCUCGACAGGCUGCAGGACAAAAUCGACGAACACUGGUCAAGGGUCUACAAGAGCUGCAUUGAUCAUUCCCACCUUGUGGCUGAUAUAGGCCAAUACCAACUCUUCCUGACACAAUUACUCCUGGCGGAAUAUACAGGAGCGGUUUUGACCGACAGGCGAUCGAUUGGGUGGCUACAUCAAGCCGCAUCUCACAUUGAGAGGGUCGGCAAAGACAGGAGCAGCGAAUUUGCAGAGAUUUACUACGAAAACAUCGCACAACCAAUCAACGAACUAUUGCUCAACAAUGCUCAUGUACAGAUAAGGUUGCUAAUAUCUGCCGCCGAUGAUGAACAGAAGCGCCCUCUAGGUGGUUAUGUCCAGUAUCUCAUCGAAUGGUGCGAUUGGAACGACCUAGCAAAGUAUGUCUACAACGACCGUGAGCUUGCCAUUCGUCUCUUCAAAUACGAUCCAAUUAUCCCGGGCUUGUUUGAUGGUGGUACACGUGAAAAGGUCUUGGAAGGCAUCACAAGUGUGCAGGAAAAGUAUUUCACCAACAUUUCGAGCCUGGAUGAGUACACGUUAAGCAAGUAUGCCAUGGGCCUAAAGCCGCCGCUUGAAAAGACUCUAGAUUCUUCCCGUGUACCCCCCGCGGAGCCUGCAGUCGAACAUAAAAAACCCAUGAGGAAUGGUCUCUCUGCUCGGAACCACGGCAGACGCAUUAUCAGCGCCAUUACAGGCGGGAUUAAAUCCCUAGGCACGGGUUCGGGACAUCAAGAAGGGGCCGGUCAGCAGGCCUCUGUGAAUACCACAAAAGACGAGAGGGCACCGUUGUUGGAAGAGAAGAAGCUUUGAAACAGUUUCUACGGUUUUGGCGAAAGCACCGGUUUCUAAAGUUUUACCCGCCGUGCACCAAAUAUUCAAAGCAUCCUCAAAUAUUACACAAGCGAUGCCGAGGAGCCCUUGAGAUUCCUAGUGCACAUGUGACCGUGGUAAUUGAGCGCAUGUAGGCGGCUCGCUGUCACAGCAUCACUCAGGGGGGCAAGCCUAUUGCCCCAGACUCCGUGCGUGGAAUCAUUUGGUCGGCUUUCAAUAUAGCCACCAGAAGCGAUGUCGACGCCUGCGAUUUCCCCGCUGCCGUCUUUUCUCUCGCAUCUUCACGGGUUAACCUCACUUGACAUCACUACACCCGUUU